UUGGGUGAGGUAUCAAAACUUGAGAACAUCGUGUCGUUGAAUCCAUCAUGCGUGAAUGACAGAGAUUGGAAGAGCAGGACCGCUCUACAUUUGGCCUGUGCCACUGGCCAGGCAGAAGUGGUAAGACUCCUGGUAAACAGAAAGUGCCAACUUAACUUGUUUGACAGCAAAAGGAGGACAGCUCUGAUGAAGGUCGUUCAGUGCCAGGAGGAGGAAUGUGUAACCGUACUGCUGGACAGUCAGGCCAAUGUAAAUCUUGAGGAUAUCUAUGGAAACACUGAUCUUCACUAUGCUGUUUAUCACAAGAAUUUAUCAAUAGCAGAUAAACUGCUCUCAAAUGGUCCAUUUAUUGAUCCCCAAAACAAGAGCCAUGUCACACUACUUUUACUUGCUGUAAGUCAAGAAGAAGAAGAAAUGGUGGACUUUUUAGUAAAGGCUGGAGCAAACAUAAAUGCAGUUGAUAAGUUGAAAAGAAAUGCUCUCAUGCUUGGGACAGAUUCUCAAUCAUCACGUAUAAUCAGUCUUCUUCAGCAAAGUCUUAAUAUGUCUUCUGAUCAAGUCUUGGGACGGACUGUAGAAGAUGACACUCUUGGUAGUGGUUUUACUAGCAUUCACCAACAAAUUUCAGAACAUAAAGAAGAAAACAUACUGGAAAAUCCUUCUGAAAAUAGUGAUCCAGUGGAUGAGAUUACUGAAGACCCUGUGUUGAGGAUUUCCAACAAACCGUGUUUAUGAUUUGUGGCAUAUGUCACCUCUUAAAGACUUUCAUGUUGAUGCCAAGAAUCUGCCACAGCAAAGACUAACAAAGGUAAUGACUGCUUCUCAGCAAUCCAUGAUAAAUGGAGAAGCAAAAUGUUGUACUGUGAAAACAGAAAAUAGAACCAUGUUUGCGGACAGGAUUUCUGAUCAUCAAAAUGUGGCUGAAAGUCUUCCCACAGUAUCGCCUGAAGUCCAGGGUUUUUAUAAUCCUUCCAUUCAACCACCUUGCUCUUGCCUGAAACCUUCCUUUAAGUCUUUACCUAAUCAAGAUCUUACAGAGCCUUGAAGAGCCCUACAUGGACAGUAGGGGUGUGAAUUCCCCACUCCAACUCUCUACCUCAGUUCCUGUCAAAAAACAGAUUCCAAGGACUCAUAUAAACCUGCCUCACAUAGAAAAGAAAGAAAACAAAGAACACUUGCAACAGCUUUGCCACUGUUGCUCCAUAGAUUAAUAUUGCUGUUGCUAUAUAGAGACAGAAAUGAUUUCAGGAGUUUUGCGGGGCUUUGCCCUGAAGGAAUAUGUGAAUGUAUUAGUUCGAAUAUCAAAAGCUGCCCCGCCUCAGGAAGGCAUCCCAAAGGUCAGUGGCAGCUGCUUUCAAAGGUGACUGCUGCAGUCUCAAACCUGUGGUUUUCGCCGGCUUUGUAGGACAAAGCAGGUUUUCAUGGAGCCAGGGGAUGAGAGCUGAUCAAAGAUUGCCUACCCUACAGACAGACACUUGUGGCUAAAAACAACCGUUCCUGCUUGACUGCUAACUACCUGUCUCCAUCUACAAUAACUAGAUAAAGAAAUAUGGAGCCACUAUAUCUCUGUUUAACCCUUUUGCUAAGUGAUAGUUUUAUCUUAGAACUUAGAAGUUUUUCUUAGAAAAAUUUUGUAACCAUUUGCUCAUGCAGAUAGAGUUAAUUAACAGAUCUCUAGAAGCCUUUUUGGUAGCCUUUUAACCUAAAAUGAACUACCUGUUAUUAUGUAAAUCUCUUAGCUCUGGCAACUGAUCACUGCACCUAUAAAUACUGAUGUGAAACUUCACUUAUGGCCUCACAGCUCACAGGAAUGCUGUGGGGUCUCCAAAUACCCCAACUAUUAUAAUUCUAUUCUUCAUAAAACUGUA